UGUGGCCUGCAGUGUAGCCUGGUGUUGUUGAUCUUAGCAGCAAUGGCGCACCAGAAGCGAGAGAGGGAGGCCAAAGAGAUUGGAAGGGACCUGGGGGUCUACCAAUGGAACCCUUCGCAGGUCCAAUCCUUUCUGGUUGACCUCCGCUUGGAACGUUGGGGACCAAUCUUUGAAGACGUCGAUGGUGCAACCCUCACGGAGCUCUCCGAAGAUGAUCUCAAGGAACUUGGGUGCGAUCAACUCCUGAUGAGGAAAAAACUCUUGGGCCACAUCCAGAAAUUGAAAUUGGAGGCAAACUCAGAUUCCAAUGACGUGGCCAUGCCAUUGAUGUCGCAGGCCGAUCCCCCCAUCGCACCGGUCGCCGCGCCGGUCGCCGCGCCCGUCAUCGCGCCUUUGUGCGAUGCCCCGGCACGUGCAGGCGCUGCGCCGGAACCAUCUCCACCAGCGGCUGCAUCAGUGGAAAUACAACACCAUCAGGACAUGACAUUGGCGGUUCUUCACACUGAGUGGGAGCAAGUCAACCUACUGCAAGAGGAAUUUCAAAAUGCAGCGGGCAUCUUCGAGAAACUCCUGGAGCAGCGUGCCCAGCAGGUGACUGGGCGAAGUCUUGCUUCUAGCUUUCUUCAGGAGGUGCUGAGGCAGAUACGGGAGGCGCAAGAAACUGCGAUUCCUUGUCCUGCCCGUAUUCCGGUCUUUGGCAACACCGGUGCUGGCAAAUCCACUCUGCUGAACGCCGUGCUACGGCAGAACGUGGUGCCCACCUCUGGGUGGCGUUCCUGCACUGCGGUGCCCGUGGAGCUCACCGCCUCCAACGUUGCGGCUUUCAGGGGCGAGGUUCAUUUGAAGAGCAUGGAAGAAUGGAAAGCCGAGGUGCAGGCAGCCUUGCAGGAUCUACUGAUGAGCGAUCGGCAACGUGUUUCGCGGCGAGAGCCAGUGAGGGGAAAAGAAGAGACGCCAGCAGACGUGGCCUUUGCCACACUUGUUGCCGUUUAUCCCGAGGCUUUCAUGUACACCAGAGAUCCCUGGCCAUCCGUUGCUGCUGCCACGAGGGAGCUCUUUCGCAUUAGGAACCAGGUAACGACAAAGCAUGCUGCAGACAAGGUGCUGAAGUUCGAAAAUGCCGAUGGGGAGACCUUGGCACAGGAGGUGGUGGAUUACAUCGACUCUCCCGAGAGGGAUUGGCAGCCUGCCUUUUUUCCGCUGGUCAAGAAGGUGCGCAUCAUUUGCCCUGCAGCAGCUGCCCAUGUGCAUCCCCAUGUUGUCCUCGUAGAUGCGCCCGGUGUGCAAGAUGCCAACGCAGCACGAGGCAAUGUGGUGAAGAAGUUGUUGGAGGACGCCCAGAGCGUCGUCAUCGUGUCCAACAUCAAACGUGCAGCCACGGAGCGAGUGGCCCAGGAAAUGCUCAGCGAACGCUUCCGGCGGCAAUUGCUAAUGGACGGACACUAUGGGCGCCUAGCCUUCGUGGCAUCAUGCACAGAUGAGUUGACACUGUCGGAGCUCAAGAGAAAUUUGAAGCUCAAGAAAGAUGUCUCCAAGGAGACAGCGGCAGCUCUCCGAAAUGCCAGUGCCAAGGAAAAGAUCACCACCGAUUGCUUUGCGGGUCUUCGGCGCAUUGAAAUCCAAAGCGAGCAGCGUAGCCAGAGCACUGACGAAGAGUUCAGGCGCCGGGGCAUUGCCCCAGCCGUCUUUACAACCUCAGCCAGAGACUAUCAAAAGCUCUCCGGGCUUUUGGAUAUGGCCGUGGAUGGUCAACCUCAAGUCUGGUCAACUCUGAGGGACACAGAGAUUCCUGACUUCCGACGUUGGAUCCAUGCUCAAGGGCAGAAGGCCCAGUUGGAUGCUCUACAGAAGGCAGAAGAUCUCCUGGCCUCAGCUUGUCGAAAACUGCAGGAGCAAGGCCACCUGGAGACGGUGCCAUCUUGGGAUCCUUCCAGCAUCUUCGGAACUUUGAAGAAGAUCAAAGAAAGCCAGGCCGAAAUCAUGCGCACGUUGCUGACGCAGAAGCUCAUGAGCGCCGUGGGUGUGGGUCAGACGACAGCAGCAGAGGAAGGCGCGAGAAAUAUGUCAGCGCGCUGUGAGCCACAAGGUAGAGGUGGUCUGCACUGGUGUACCUUCAAGGCAACCUGCAGACGCGAGGGUGAGUGGCGAGAAGACUUUAACGAACUCUUGGCUGAUCCGCUGAACCGCAGAAUCGCGGUGGAAUGGGACCGGGUUUUGAAUCAGCUUCUACCAGAUCACGUGGACACUUUGCUGAGUCGAAUCGUACAAGAAAUGUGGAAACUGCAGAGCGAACUGAGCCUGCCGCUUCAGCCCUUCCAAGAUGCAGAGGAACUUGUGAAGAGGCAUGGCCCAAAGAUUAAAAGUAAUCUGCAAAGGCAGCAGAUGGAGGUCUCGAGAAGGAUCAAAGAGACCAUCAAGCAGCUGAUGACCCCAUCCUACCGACAAGCUGCUGCCGUGUCUGGCACAGGAACAGAUGUGAAACAGAAAACCAUUAUUCGCGACCAAGUGACUAUCAGAGGCGCUGUCAUGUUCCGAAAAGCAUCGGACUUUCUUGACGGGGAGUUGGACAACCUCAUGAGAUGUCUGGAGCAGAGCCUGGAGGCUUUGGUGGAAAGCCUGGCAUCGGUCUUGAAGGCUUCGAUGCAGCGAAUGGCUGCUGUGGGCCUCGAACGCCAGGCUUUGCGUGAGCUGCAGCAAGCCUGCAGCGCUGCUGUGUCCGAGGCCUUGUUGAAGAGCGAGGAGCGGCAGCGUCGUCGCAAUGCCUUGGAUUAUUCGGCAGCUGAAGCAGAAGUGGCAGGCAAGCCACAGCCCACUGGGAAUUCCCAAGCUCCAUCCUCAAAGGAGGCGAUUCCAAACGAAUAUUUCUGCCCGAUCUCCCAGGAGGUCAUGCUGGAUCCUGUGACGACAAGCGAUGGACAUACCUACGACAGAAAAUCUAUCGAGGAGUGGCUGCGGACCAACGAUACUUCUCCGAACACAGGUUUGACGCUGUCCAGCAAGACCCUCAUCCCCAACCACAAUCUGAGAAAGCUGAUCCAGGAGCAAGUGCAAGCAGCUGGCAGUCAAGUGCCGCAAGAUUCGUUGGAAAUGGAGCUGGAAGCAAUGAUGAGCAACAUGGAGCCAACCGCAGAAGCACCGCCAGAAGGCGAAGAUCCUGAUCAGGAUGCCGAAGAGGAGUCCGAAGAAAAAGGCGAAGAUCCUGAUCAGGAUGCCGAAGAGGAGUCCGAAGAAAAAGGCGAAGAUCCUGAUCAGGAUGCCGAAGAGGAGUCCGAAGAAGAAGGCGAAGAUCCUGAUCAGGAUGCCGAAGAGGAGUCCGAAGAAGAAGGCGGCCAAGUCUUCUCUUUGGAGUUAGCUGCAGAGGAACAAGGAAAACCUGAGAUGGCAGAGAUGGAUGGUAUUUCCAAUGUGCCAACCACACCUGGCUCGCACACGCGCAGCUCACCUCACUCCGGGAGUUCCAUGAGUCCCAGCAGCGUCCCAGGGGUCCCCAGCCCACCGGCCCCACCGGCCCCACUGGGCCCACCGGGCUUGGAUGGCUCUCGAAACGAUCGCAGGCUGCGACGUAUGUCCUCAUGGCUGCGCAAACGCCUGUGGAAGGGUCGAGGGAAAACUAGAACCUUCAAAGAGCAUGAGAUGCGAGCUCCCUUGGCCUGUUUUACCCCACGUGUUAUGGCAGAUAUUGAGAACGUGCGGUCCAAAAGCACGGAACAGCAUAAACUUUUGCGCAAGGACACGAUUCACGUGCUUGGGACGGAAGUCUUGCGAAACGAUAAGGACCAUCUCUAUGCAAUAGUGUUCCCCAUCCGAGUGCCAGGUGAAAAUGACGAACAGUUCAAUGAGAUCGUGCCAGAUGCUGAAGAAAGAUGGAAGGAACUCUUCCCGACCGAAGCAGAUGAUCCCAUGGACAAAAUGAAAGCAUCCACAGGGGUCACCUGGGAGACCUUUACCAGAGAAGUGCGCGAGAACGUGGUGAAAUACAUAGGUUGGCUUGGAUGUGAAGUGACAGAGUUCAAGAGUGUGGACGAGGAUGAGAUCUUCGUGCUGUUUGGCAUGAAGGAUCAAAAGAACCUGAAAAGGUUCCUUGUUGAAGAAGAGGCGAGGGUGAGGAUGAAACCUGAAGCCUACGAGUGGCACAAAUUCCAGUGUCCCACCGACAAAAAAGUUGGAAAGGACUUUGUGAGGGAAAUUGAGACUGAUCACUACACCCUAAGGGGCAGGGAUCACUACAACGACUAUCCUGCCUUCGUGCGCUACACCCCUGAGAUCGACGAGAUUGUCGAGGACGUGGAGGAGACGGAGAUGUUGCGGAUCCUGCGUCACGCCUUGCGUAAGUACUGUAGGGUGCAGCUCAUGGAGCAGGUGGGCGUUGUUCGGCUCUUCUUCCCAAUUCACAAGUGGGAGGAGCUUCAGGAGCUCUACAAGCGGGGAUGGAACGAUCCUUCCAAACCGGUGUACUACCCAAAGGCCCACAUGCCGGACCAUGUGGCCGAGUACUUUGGUGCCCACGUGGCCAGCUACUUCCACUUUUACAACACCUUGACCAGGUGGCUGAUUAUACCGGGACUCAUCAGCGUGAUCUUUCCCUUCGUUCGAGUCCAUUUUGGUCCCGAAAAGGCUCACUUUCUAGACAGUGGUUUUGGACUGAUGAUGUGCUUGUGGACCACAAUCUUCCUGGCACACAACAAGCACAGCCUCAAUGUGAAGCUCUUGAAAUGGGGCAUGGGUGGCAACGUGAGCGCGGUGACCAUAGUGAGAAAAAACUUCAAGGACGAAAAACGUGGAACUUGGUUAGAAACCUGCCGUGGCCUGUUGCACUGGGUCCUGGUCAUCACUUUCAUCUCCGAGACCAUUUUUGUUUCCCGGUGGAUUGUGCAGUAUCGACAGCAGAUCUUCGAUAACAUCGAUGGCACUACUUGGGGUAUGAAGAAUGUGGAUGUGGCGAAGUACUUCAAGUAUUUGAUCACUGCCAAUAUCAAAAUCGUGGAGAUGGUCUUUACCCCUUUGUCCAUCUAUUUGAGCAAACACGAGAACCACCGGACUGAAAUGGACUUGAAGAAUGCAAUGAUCUUGAAACUCUUCGCAGUGAAAUUCGUCCUCUUCUACUACCCCUUCAUCCGCCCGAUCUUCAUCCAGCCAAUGGUGGAAGGAUGCCCUGGUGCUGGUGCCAAAGCGGGAGAUAAUUUUGAAGGCUGCAUCAAUGACUUGAGACAAGAUCUUCAAAUCUUCUUCGUCACUCAGGUGGUGUCAGCUGUUGGUGGCCUGUUGGCAUCCGUGGGGCUGAUGUUCUGGACCAUCCGCAAAGAGGUGAAACGAAAGAAGAGUUCAGAAUCACUUCUGUCAUAUGUGGAGGUCCAGGCCAUGCUGUCGGAUUACGAUGAAGCGGCAGAAGUGUCUGACUACAUGCAAGCAGUCCUGAACUUUGGCUUCUUGUCAAUGUUCGGGGCAAUAGCACCUUCCAUGUGCUUCUUGUGCUUCCUGUCGAACCUGCCAAUGAAGCGCUUGUUGGCCUAUAGGUUUUCUUAUGUGCAGAAGCGAGUGAUCCCCAUCAUCACUGUGGGGAUCGGAUCCUGGGCUCUGAUCCUGAACUUCCUGGCGUUCUUUGGAGUUACAAGCACGAGUUUUAUAGUCAUUUUUGCUUUCGAUAUCUUGGACCUCCAAGGAGGUGACAAGUGGCAAAGUCUGUGCAUCAUGAUGAUGUUCUUCUUUUCCAUCGAAAGAGCACUGGGAGUCUUGAAGUUCGUGAUCGAUAUUGGUUCCGGUGAAAAAUCUUUAAGCCAUCUUCGCAUUGAGGAGUGCAACGACGAUGUUCGCGACAUUAUCCUUGCGAAUCAGAUCAAGAAAGUCAGCGCCACUCCUCGAGGAAGAUUUGGCUGCUGA